GGAUUAAUUUCUGACCUGUAUACUGAGAGAAAACUAAUCGCCAAGUAUAAUAUUUUUUUGCCUCACUUGAACGAACCUUCAUCACACACACCUUCUUCAGAUGCCCAAGCAAAAAGCUCCAAGGAAGCAACUCAAGUCCUAUAAACUCAAACAUAUCAACAAGACGAUUCAAGAGGGAGAUGCUGUGUUGAUGCGGUCGUCGGAGCCGGGGAAACCGUCGUACGUAGCGAGGGUAGAGGCGAUCGAGACGGACGCGCGUGGAUCGCACGCGAAAGUUCGUGUGAGGUGGUAUUACCGCCCCGAGGAAUCUAUCGGAGGGAGGAGACAGUUCCAUGGAGCCAAGGAGGUUUUCCUCUCGGACCACUUUGAUUUUCAAAGCGCCGAUACGAUCGAAGGCAAGUGUAAGGUCCACAGUUUCAGUAGCUAUACCAAACUCGACUCCGUCGGAAACGACGACUUCUUCUGUCGUUUCGAGUACAAUUCCGCCACCGGCGCCUUUAUUCCUGACAGAGUUGCCGUGUUCUGCAAGUGUGAGAUGCCGUACAACCCUGAUGACUUGAUGGUUCAAUGCGAGGAGUGUUCCGAGUGGUUUCAUCCUUCUUGUAUUGAAACAACAAUAGAGGAAGCUAAAAAGCUGGAUCACUUCUACUGCGAAGAGUGUUCCCCACAAGAGCAGGAUUUGCAGAACUCAAAUUCAACUUCUAAACACAGAGAUGUCAAGGUGAAUGGAAAGCGCAACUUGGAGGUAACCAAGCCGAAGAACAGACAGACUAAGCGACCAGGUUAACAUAAACCUGUAAAGGCUAUAUAUAUAUAUGUGGGGUGAGUUGAGUAUCAAUCAUAUAAUAUGUAAAAGGUGGUUUGUUUUCUAUCUCCCUCUCUAGUUUUUCUUUGUUAAGAAGGAGGGUUUAGGUCGUUGGCUUGAUUAUAUGUAUAGUCUAUGGUUCCUUAUCUGCCUUUAAGUUGUCACAUAAAAAGUUUGGGUAAAAUGGUUAUGUUUAUAACACAAAACAAAGAGAGGGUCGGUUGCUCAUUUGGUUGUUGUUUCUACAAUUUUGAACUCGAGAGGAAAGUGAUGACUUUUGAACCAAAA